CCGAAUCACAGUAUCGUCCAGUUAUCUGGGAAUCUUUCGUGCUGGAAAAUGAAUUUGAAAACUUUUCUGGUAUUUGUUUUUCUCCGCUGGCUGCUGCCCAUCACUGUGGCACGCUGGCUGCCGGGGUCCACACCCAAUUUGAUGACCAAAUCCUUGAUGGAUCUGUACGGGCAGCUGAAGCAACGUCCCCAAGUGGAGGAGGGUAAGAAGUUCCUAAACGACACCAGUGGCGCCCUGAUGCAGUUUCAGAUUUGUGCCGAUCCUUCAGUAUUCUAUCCGGACACCAAGAACAUCCUCGUCAAGGACGAGGACGAUGAGGAUGAAGAUGAAGAUACGAAGGCUGCAGACGAUGACGCAGCUAAUAAUAAUGAAGACGCAGACAACAGCGAAGAAGAGGAGGCUGUGCAGGAGGCCAAAUAUGAGAUGCUGAAGGCGGAGGACCAAGAGACGGAGAGUGAUGACGAUGGGGCUUUUAUGGAGCGAGUCUCCUGCAUCCUAAAGGUCAUACACGAAAACUCCAAAGCCCUCGCUGAUGAUCUCGAGAACUUCGAAUCGGAGUUGCAGAAGAUGAAACCGAAGACGAAUCCGAAUCCGAAUGCGAAUGCGAAUCCGAGUGAGGAAUCCGAAUCAGCUGACGAGGAGGAUGCAGAGCAGACAGAUGCGGGCACGGAGCAGCCAACAGAUGAAGAGGACAGCCCCGCAGAAGAGAAGUGCGAAGUGGAUACCAAAGGAGAGCAGCAGAAGGACGAACAAUGCGACGAGGAUCAGCAAGAAGACGAGUGCGACAUGGAGCCAAAGGAGGUGCCAGAAAAAGUGCCCGACAUGGAGCCACCCCAACCGAAAUGUCCCCCGCUUAACCUGCAACAGAAAGAAGAGGAUGAGGAUGAAUCCAACGCCGAACAAGAGACCGACAGUGAUGAAGACACUGACAAUGACCCAAAUGCUGACCCCGAUGCUGACUCCGAUGUUGGCUCCGAUGCUGGCCCCAAUGCUGAGUCUGAGGCUGAUCCCGAUGCUGAUUCCGAUGCGGAUCCCGAUGCAGAUCUGAGCAGAUCUGAAUAACAUAUUCCGUUGAGCAGCCAAACAU